GCCAUGCCAUCCAUCCAUCCAUCCACACAAUUUGACAAAGUCAGAUAGCUUUUCGUCACAAAAUGGAUGAACAAGUCAGUCAGUCAGUCAGUCACACACACACAGUCAGUCAUUAAUCCAAUCGGCCACAACGACACAGCACAAUGGCCCACAUCACAUGACCAAAGCCGCUGCCAUCUUGCCCAUCACAUCCACGACGAUGUGCCACGCUGCUGGGGCGCCAGAUCCUCGCGAUCCGACAUGGGCGCAUCCAACUGCACACACACACAGCGCCACGUAGUCACGAUGCUGCCUGGGGGCUGGUUGCCGGUAGCCGGUUUCCUCACCUGCUCAUCGUACUCGGGCGACAGCUUCAGCAGCUGCGCCAUGGCCUCACGCGUGGCUUUCCGUACCUCCUCCAUCGUACGGCCCUGAACACGCCAACAGAUCGAUCGACGGUCGUUCCAUUGUAUCCUCCCUCCGUUGUCCUCCUCACUUUGCAUGAGAUGGGGUCGCCGAAUGCAGCGUAGCACGUGCCCGGCCCCAUCAGCAGACUGAACGGCCGCCACAGCCGAGGCGUGCAAUGCACAACUGCACCCAGGCAACAGGGCGGACAGCGAGUGGUGUGUGCGUCAUUCAUGUCUUCCCACUCACUCACUCAUGGGUUGUAUGUCGGUCUCGGAGUCGACGCAGUAUUUGAAGAAGCCGUUCUUGAAAGGCUGCAGGCGGCCAGUGCGGGACCGGGUGCCCUCGGGAUAGGCCAGCACGGCAAUCCCCUUGGAGACCACCUCAUCCACACGCUCAAACAUCUUCCGGGUCGUCCCUGGCAUCGUGCCCCAGCCACCUACGCCCCACCAGACACAACACAACACACGUUCUCCUUGAGCCGUGUCUGGUGCCGCCUCCCUCCGUGUUGUCCGUACCUUUGUCCUUUGUGAAGUAGAUGGGAAUGUCGCCGGUGAGUGCGAGUUGCCAGCCGAGCACUGGGAUGUUGAGCAGGCCCGACUUGAAGACGAACAUGGCCGUGUAGGGUGCGAUGGCGGCGUUGCAGAUCCAGGGGUCCACCCCCGAUAGGUGGUUGCUGAGGAUGAUGCGGCCUCGCUCGCCGGGCGGAGGCGGCACGUACCGCCGCACGACCUUCAGGUGCCAGAAGGGGUUGAACCACACACACACUGCAUCGCAUCCACCACACACGAAAACGGAACGACGUGAGCACCCCGACCUCUGCUCGUGUUUGUUGUGUCUCCACAGACUCACUUGCGAGAGGCAGUUUCAGCGAAGCGCUCAUCAACUGCCCAACACAAUGAGAGAGGGAAACGCCGCACACACGUGUAUACUCUAUUGUCUUGAUGCUCUGUGCCCAUCCCACGACGCACCUGCAUCUUGGUCACGGGAAAGAAGGCCAAGAUUGGUGCGCCGAUGGUCCCAAUGAGCAGCUGUAUAACGAGAGAGAUGACGCCUCCCAGCAAAAAGAACGAGAAGUUCCAUACUGUAAUGAGGACAUCGAGAGGCGAGAUCUGCAGCCGCUUGGACGGGCCCGAGGCAGCUGUGCUGCUGUCCUCAGCGGUAUCUCUCGAGUCGGCUUUUAGUGAGCCGUUCAUUGUGUCUGCCUCUCCUUCCUUUGGUGGAACACGCCGCCUGAUGUCUGUGGAUCCCAUAGCUCCGUUCGCUUUCUC